AUGUUAACAAACUUCAUCCCAGACCUGAGCAUCCCCUUGGCUUUGUUGACAGUCAUCACAAUACUGUCUACAUACUGGCUAUGGACCAAAUCCCGACGUCCUUACACCAAAUACAACAUACCACCAUUCCCAGUUCCUGCUAAGUUUAUUUUUGGUCACAUGCUUAUGAUCAGAAGCAACAUUCGUCGAAGCUUAUCCGAAUGGCGAGAGAAGGUUGGUGAUAUCUUUAGUCUUGAUAUUGGAGGUCAGCAUAACAUUGUGGUCAAUGGAUAUGACAACAUAAAGGAGCUUCUGGUCAAACAUGCCGAUAAACUGCCUGACAUCCCUCGUACAUUUCGAAACGAUGUCAUUAAAGAAGAGAAUAAAGGGAUCCUUGGAGCUAGUGGUGCCAACUGGAAAGAACAGAGAACUGUUUCUCUGGCAAUCCUGCGGACAUUUGGCGUGGGCAAGAAUGUGCUGGCUGAGAGAAUUGAAGAAGAAGUUGAGGUUUAUAUUAAUAAACUAGCGAGCCUCAAGGGCCAGCCAGCUGACGUGAAGCUACUGACGAACAUUAGCGUUUCUAACGUGAUUUGUUCUAUCAUCAUUGGCAAACGCUUUGAUUAUGAUGAUCCUUAUUUUAUGACUUUCAUGGAACAUUUGAAUAAUACCGUUCGUUAUGGCUCAAAGAUGUCACUACUGAAGCUGUUUCCUUUUCUUUACUACACUCCUGGGGAUCCAUUCUAUGCCAAAAGAUGGGUUAAAAGUGUGCUGGCAACAAAUGAAAUGUUUGCUAAGGCUUACAUACAGGAAAUCAAGAAAUCUUUCAAUGAGGAGGAAGAACCGACCACAUUUAUUGCCGCUUACCUACAGGAGCUGAAGAAGAGGCAGGACAAAGGGGAACCAACAUUAAUGGAUGAAGCAAAUCUGGUGGCAAUCAUCAGGAACCUGUUUGCUGCAGGAACUGAAACCACAAGUACCACUACCUUGUGGUGUAUGCUGUACAUGCUGCAUAACCCAGAAAUACAAGAAAAGGUCUACCAGGAGAUCAUUGCAAACGUCGGCUCCGAACGACCCCCAAACAUGCACGACAAACAGAAGCUGACAUAUCUCAAUGCAGUUAUUCAAGAAACCCAACGACUGGCCAGUCUGGUGCCCAUUGCCAUUCCUCGAAUUGUCGGAACUACUUUUGAAUUUAACGGAUACACCUUGCCUAAAGGAAGUGUGAUAUUGCCCAUUUUAGAUUCAGUCUUACAUGACAAAAAAAUCUGGGGAGACCCAGAGAAUGGGGAUCUUUUACACCCUGAAGAACUUAUUCCAUUUUCAAUCGGGAGGAGAGUAUGUUUAGGAGAAGCACUAGCAAAAAUGGAACUGUUUCUCUUUUUGUCAUCUGUGCUUCAAAGAUUUCAACUUGUGCCUGCAGAUCAGACAAAUUUACCUUCACUGGAAGCCAUUAUUGGCAUCACUUGUAUGCCACAACCAUUCAAGAUCAAGUUUGUAGAGAGAAGAUAA